AUGGGAUCACAUAUCCAUGGAUUCUAUCAGCUCUUCUGGCCAACAAUGCGACAACGCAUGCGAUUGCUCUGGGCAUUAGCCCUACUUUCCGCCUUCUCAGUGCUCUUAUACAUUACUUAUCUCUUGGGCGAACGAUAUGAGCGCAAACAUUUUCACACAGUAAUUGACAAUGCACAUUGGCCCAUUCAGAAUAUUGCCUUUCCGGUGGUUAUCGUCUGCAACAACAAUCGAGUGAACUGGUCACGUCUAACUGAGAUAAUGCAACGCUAUAACAUCAGCAGUGAUCAGCAGCCACUUCUGGAGAAAGUUCUCACUGCCUACGAUGCUCUCAGCUUUGGUCGCUUCGAUGUUUUCGAUCCUCUGAAGGAUGAGGAUCUAAGAACUUUAAACCAUCUCAACUUUACUCAGAUUGCGACUGAGAUGGCUUGGCGUUGUGAUGAACUGCUCACAGAUUGUACAUGGCAAACAGAGUCUCGCAAUUGCUGUGAACUUUUCCGCCCCCGCAGGUUGCCCCUUGGUGCAUGUUUGGCAUUCAACGAGGAGGAGAAACGUGCCACAGUGGAAACUGGCAAGGGAACCGGACUGAUAGUUCGACUUCGUCUGAAUGAGGCAAAACAUGCGCCUGGCAAUCGAGAGCCUAAGGGUUUUGUGCUCAACAUUGUGGAGCCUGGCGUUUGGUUCGAUUAUUCCAUUGAAUUAUUGCCUGAUUUGGAAACCAGUAUUGAUGUUGGAGCAGUGUUUCAUUACUACGAUGAGAAUACAUUUUCUCUCCACAGCCAGCAGAGGAAAUGCCUGCGAGACUACGAAUAUAUCAGCGCCAAUGCUCAGACAUUGAAGGGUCUCAAAUACAUGAUGGAAAACUGUAUUGCGGAAUGCCAACAACUUUAUUUACUUCGCUAUUGCAAUUGCACCUUGGAUCUGUUUUAUCCACCUUCAGAUUAUACCGCCUGUCAGCUUAAGGAUUUGCCUUGUUUGGCGGACAACAAUUAUUUGAUGCAGAACUACGAACAAACUGGCGAGCAUCCAUAUGUAUCGCAGCAUGAUCCGGGUCUCAUCUGUGACUGUUUACACAACUGCAAUUCGCUGACAUUAAUUAAUGAUGCUCGCAGGCUGCUUAAAAAGCCUCAGCACUUGGUCAACCAUUCAACUCUAGUUAAUAUUCACUACAAACGAAACUAUAUCCUGGUGUAUAAGACAAGCUUAAUAUAUAGUUGGAUGGACUUGAUGGUAUCUUUUGGCGCCAUUUGUCAGCUUUGCUUGGGCUGUUCCAUCAUUGGCUUUCUCGAGUUACUGUAUUUUGCUUUGAUAGAUGUGCCCCAUUUCUAUUGGACGCGUUUUGUUCCUCGAAGAUUUGGCAGGACUAUUUAA